GUCACUUGCCUCGCCACACCGAACUGCUUUAACUUACACCAGAGGCUCAGCAUGUCCGCCCCGCGUAAACCAGCGGCGCGUCUUCCUCGCCCUGCUGCUCGGUACUGGAAAGGCAAAGCACCCAAAGGCGCUGGCGAAGUCUCAGAUGAUUCCGACUACGACGAGGCCGCUGAGGCCCAGGAGCCCGAGGAAGAGGGCGAUGUGCUCAUACAGGACAUCACUGGGGAGGAUGAAGAAGACGAAGCCCGCCUGGACGUGAGGGAGGCACGACAGAAGCCCAGACCAACGAAGGGGCUCAACGUCGCGCUUCGAGAUGUCAACAUCUCUAAAGAGGGGAACGUGAUUGUUGCUGGGAAAGUGGAAUCGGGCAGGACACAGGCUGAACUGGACGAAGAGGAGGAGCAGGAAGAAGAAGAAGAGGGCGUAAAGGCGGAGGAAGAGUCUAGCGAGUACGAAACAGAAUCCGGAGAAGAAUCUGAGGAGGAAAAGCCGAAGAUGCAGUUCCGGCCAGUCUUCGUGCCCAAGCGGGCUCGUGUUACCGUAGCAGAGAAAGAGGCUAUGGCGGAAGACACAGAAGAGGCUAUCCGGAAGAAGGAGGCAGAAGCUGAGGAGCGCAGGAAAGAAAGCCACAACCUGGUUGCAGAGAGCAUCCGACGGGAGCUCCUUGAGAAGGAGAAAGAAGAAGAGGUUCCUGAUGUCGACGACACCGACGGGCUUGACUCAGCUGGCGAGUUCGAAGCCUGGCGCCUGCGUGAGCUCGCACGCAUCAAGCGGGACAAGGAAGCGGCACUCGCGCGCGAACUCGAACGUGAGGAGGUCGAGCGGCGGAGAGCACUCCCGGAGGAGCAGAGGAUGAAGGAGGACAUGGAGCGGGCGGAACAGAGCAGGAAGGAGAAACCGAAGGGACAGCAGAAAUUCCUGCAGAAGUACUGGCACAAGGGUGCAUUCCACCAGGACGAGGAGGUCCUCCAGAGGCAUGACUACACAGAGGCCACCGAGUCGACCAUGGACGUCUCGCUCCUCCCAAAGGUCAUGCAAGUGAAGAACUUCGGCAAGCGCAGCCGCACCAAGUACACACACCUACUCGACCAGGACACCACCGCCAGCUCGGGCGGCUUCGGCGGCAGCGCGCCCGUCAAGGCGGGCGGGAUGGGUGUCGGCCCUGGCGCGGGCGGAGGCUGCUUCCUCUGCGGCGGGCCCCACCUCAAGAAGGACUGCCCACAGAACAAGGAGCUCCCGCCAAAUCGCAUAGGGACGGGCGCGAACGCGAGUAUCGGCGGCACUGCGGGUGGACGACAGUGGGGUGUGAAGGGCGAUAGGGACGGGGACAGGGAGAAAGGCUCGUGGAGGGAACGCGAUCGUGAUGUCGCUGGGAAUGGCCAGGAUAAGCGGAGAAGUCGCGAGAGGAGUGGUGAGCGGCGAGGAGGAUAUGAGCGAGAUAGGCAUGGCGGGCAGGAUAGGAAUGGCCGGCGGGAUGACAGGGAUAGGGAUCGCUAUGACGGGCGAGGUAGGGAUAGCGACCGUCGACGGCGCUCAUACUCGAGGUCCCGGUCCCCUCCACGCAAAGAGCGAUGGCGAGACGAACCGAGGCAGGAUCGGAGGCGGCGUUCGCGAUCGGUGGACGGAGAGCACGAUGCGAAGCGGAGAAGGAUAGAUUGA